CUGUCAUCAGACUAGAAGUGACCUUUAUUUAUAUGCACAGUAAAGCGUGUUGUUUUAGGUCAUAGUUAUCAGAUUGUUGGGAACAUUUUGCAUGUUUCACCGGCCACAUUGCGAAGAGUUCUUUUUUGACGAACUGUACGAAAGCCAACACAAUUGACGGGGAGUUAAAGGAAAGGUCACUACUUUCAUAGGGGAACAGCCAUCACGAAGAUUCUUUGCCUGCCAACACCACGAAGAUGCAUAACGGCAGUGAUAUGAUGAUGAAGAUGUACUUUCACACGGACUUUGGUGAUACCAUAUUGUUUAAAGGAUGGAUGGUGAUGAAAAGUGCAGAACUCGCCGGUGCCUGGUUCGCAAUCUUCAUCCUCGCUGCAUUAUAUGAAGGGCUAAAAGUCUUGAGAGAACAACUGCUUGUACAGCAAUCAAAAGGCCGCCGUCUUAACACUAGUAUAGAGGCAUCCACCACAAAACUGACAAUCUCUGAUACACGGCUGUCGCAAGAUAAGGGAAUAAUGCGAUCUAUGUGUGAUCCGAUGCAUCUUCUCCAAACUCUCCUCCAUAUUGUUCAGGUUGUUAUCAGCUACUUUCUCAUGCUAAUCUUCAUGACUUAUCAAGUUUACUUGUGCCUUGCCGUUGCCCUCGGAGCAGGAGUGGGAUAUUUCAUAUUUGGAUGGAAAAGAUCUACUAUUGUCGACCUGGGAGAACACUGCCACUAGACAAAUGUUGGCUUACAUUGAACGUAUAUAAUAUUAAUGGAUUAAUCUCACAUUCCGUGUUCUGUAAAAUCAUAUAUACGAAUAUAUGAUAUGAAUAAGGUCCAUCGUGAACCCAUAAUGAUAUCUUAUCACUUAAGGAGGUCAAUAUAUUGACAUC